AUGGUCACGGUUAAUGCGAGUAUCGUACCAGUGUUACAUACCGUGUGUGCUUCUGCGGCUUUUAUAGCUGCGCUUGUGGUGGGUUGUAAGCUCCACUACAUCAAAAUCAUCACGAAUGCGCAUUAUACGUAUCCCGAUGAAUGGUUUCCGAGUGUCUCGGCUACAAUCGGCGACCGAUACCCAGAACGCUCCAUUUUUCAAAUUCUGAUAGCGUUGACGUCGUUCCCGCGGUUUCUGUUGCUUCUCGGACACUACAUGAUCAACAAGUCGACCUCUUGCUUCAUGGUUGGCGUUCUUAGAACAGUCACCUGUGGAGGAUGGGUGUACAUCACUUCCACCGAUGACCAUGACGCUCACGACGUUUUUAUGAUCUCUUACAUUCUGUUGACACUCCCCUGGGACCUCCUGGUAAUCCGUCACUCGACAUUUAAGACCUUUAAGGUGAUUGCCAUGUCUACUUUCUUCGCCAUCAUGGUGCCUUUAGUCUACUGGUUCAUACAGCACAACGUUUAUCACAGGCCCGGAGCUUACUCUAUUUAUGCUUACUUUGAAUGGUCCUUGAUCAUUUUGGAUAUCGCCUUUGAUGCUUUGGCUUAUAACGAUUUCAAAUCGCUUAGUUUGAAUCUAGAGCUAACCUCUAACGUGGGCAACUGGUUUUUCAUGUUCGAAAACAAAGAGUCGCUACAACCGGCUGCCGCCAACGAAAUUCAAAAGGUUAUCGAGGAGGAGUUAUCCGAAAAUUCCAACUCUUUUGUUCAUGACGCUGCAGCAGAUUCAGACGACCCAGAUUACGCACCGGAAUUUGAAGAAUCGAAACACGAAGGAGAUGUUUCUGACCUGUUGGAUGAUGACGGCGCAUUACUUUUGUCCGCUGACAAUACAGAGCUCAAAAUCAUGUUGCAAGAGGAUGAAGACAUAAGCUAUUUUAUCAAUAAGAGCUCUUCGUUGCGUGUUCCUGCCCAAAGCUCAAUCAUUUACAUUGUUGUCAACGUUUUAAAUUCUCUUCUAUUUUGGACAUUACUGACGUCGCUACUCUGUAUGGUGUGGUACUUCCCCUUGUGGUAUAUGGGAAUUUCUGGGUACGAAGCGUCUAUUUUAUCGGUGACAUCGCCCUUGCUUCUUUACAUUCCGGCCAUUCCAAUGAUAGCAGACAUCUACGGUCCAUUGUUGACAGCUACAAUCGGAAUCGGAGCCUUCCUUGUUGAAUUGCCAGAAACACGACUUCUCACCGCAUCUUUGGCUGCCGGUAUCACUUCUCUCACUUUUGCAAGUACGCUGAGAAGCAUAACAAAUCAGGCUUCUGUCCAAAUGUACACAACGACAUGUAUUCUAGGUCUGGUUGGCUCUGUCAUUCUGAAAAUGGCAUUCUUCUCUAGAAAUCCACUAUGGCCUAUUUUGAAUGAGGAAAAUGGAGGCUGGAACAAGUCUGGCCUUGCUCUUAUGGCUUUGGUGGCUCUUUUCACUCCACACGUUAACGCUGUUCACUAUCAAAAGUUGGAAACGUUGCCAAAAAGAUCGCCACGUUUCAUUUCAAAGCUUUUAAUAUCCGCAGGUUUCGGAUCUCUAAUAUUUUCCAUUCAUCAGCUACUUACCGACGCUUCUACAAUAAUUUAUUGGUCAUGGGAAGGAUGGGCCUCCAAUGGCUCUCAGGGUCCUCUGACUUGGCCGUACAGCUCGCUAACGUGCAUUGCAAUGCUUCUUGCGGCAUUGACUUCGCAAAGCUUCUGUGGAAAACCCUUGGUACCUUCUUUGCUUCUGUGCGUCUCGACAGGAAUUCUAGCAUCCCCAUCUAUCACCGGAUGGUUUAAUUACGCAUUUGGUGGUAUCGUUUACAUUUUUGGAAUCAUUUGGAUGAUUCCUACCUUCUUUUCAAAGAUGAACAUUAUUAAGAGUCCUUGGGCUUACACCUUGGCCUCUCUUUUCUACCUGAUCUUCGUUCUAGCUCAUGUUUGGACUGUUGCUUAUGCCUUUGUUCCUUUUGGGUGGGUGUUAAGAGAGAGCAUGGGGCUAGUCCUAAUAGGAUCAAGUUUAUUGAUAGUCUUUGGUGCACUUUUCGGGCUCAAAAAAGACGUGAUGAAAAAGACGAUCAGUAAAAAGUUUUGGAAUCGCGUUAACCUCCUCGGAGUUCUGUUUGUUGGCUCUAUAGGUUUCGUCACUUUCCGAUUGGCUCCUACUGGUACUCCUGUUCCAUAUCACGCUGAAGACAACUUAAUUACUGCCGGCAUAUGGACUAUUCAUUUUGGCCUCGAUAACUACAUGUGGUCUUCAGAGGACAAAAUGACACAGCUACUCAAAGACAUGGAGGUCGAUGUUGUGGGCCUACUUGAGACUGAUACUCAGCGUAUCACUAUGGGAAAUCGGGAUUUGACGAGCAAAAUGGCUCAUGAUUUGCAAAUGUAUGCGGACUUUGGGCCUGGUCCCAACAAGCACACUUGGGGCUGUAUUUUACUGUCUAAGUUUCCGAUCGUUAAUUCAACACAUUAUCUGAUGCCAUCGCCUGUCGGUGAGCUUGCCCCUGCUAUUCAUGCCACGUUGCAGACUUAUGAUGAUGUCCUAGUAGAUGUUUUUGUCUUCCAUGGUGGACAAGAAGAAGACGAAGAAGACAGGCGACUGCAAAGCGAAGAACUUGCUAGAAUUAUGGGCAGCACAGAUCGUCCUUCUAUUCUCCUAAGUUAUUUGGUAACCGAUCCACACGAGGGUAAUUACAACAAUUACGUGAGUGAUAAAUCGGGUAUGCACGAUAUUGAUCCCAGUGACGAUGACAGGUGGUGUCAGUAUAUUCUUUACAAAAAUCUCGGAAGGACAGGGUACGCCAGGGUGAGCCGUGGUAGCGUCACUGAUACCGAGUUGCAACUCGGCAAGUUCAAGGUCUUGACCGAGGAUGAGCUUGUGGAAUAUGGAGGCUCCAUCUACGACGCCGAUUUGUUGGAUGACGAGUCCGAUGUCGCAGAGUCUCUGCGAUUUCCCGACAAUUAUCACGGCGAAGGACAGAGAGGUCACCACUAUCAUGUUUUCGAUGCACCACGAUAUUACCAAACCGCAUGGUGA